GAAAAUCCCACCGACGAACACUACUUCAUUAAUCUCACUUUCCCUCUCUUUUAUUUCCCUCCACCGCCACCACUACCAUCAACAAGUGCUUAUUUAUGUGUGGGAGGAACUUCUUCUACAAAGGGGUUUCAUCCAUUGUAGAAGAAAUUAAUUAAUUUAAUGGGAAAUUGCUUGUUUGGAGGAACAGGAGAGCCCAAUGAUGUGAUCAAAGUAGUAACUUCCAAUGGUGGAACCAUGGAGUUUUACGCCCCGAUAACCGUGGAGUGCAUCACCGAUGAGUUCCCGGGCCAUGGGAUAUUCCGGAGCCAUGACCUCUUCUGGAAGCCACUUCCUCACCAGGAAGUGCUUCUUGCAGGAGAGUCUUACUAUCUCCUCCCACUCAACAAUAAGAAGACAGGUAUAGGUGGUGGCCAAAUUGCUCAGGUAGGGCAUGUGAGAUCAAACAGUGUGCCUAGUGCACUUGUUGCGCCGUAUAGGAUGUCGUUUGACAGUCACGGGAUACUGAAAAGGUCUUACACGGAAGUGCUUUCCAGGUACAACAAUGGUGGGUUUUGGAAGGUGAAGCUGGUCAUCAGUCCUGAACAGUUGUUGGAGAUACUUUCGCGAGAUGAUCGAACGCAGGAGUUGAUUGAGAGUGUGAGAACUGUGGCGAAAUGCGGAAAUGGAGUCUCAUCUGUGGGGGCUUUUUCAGACCAGUGGAGUCUGUCCAGCAGUGGUAGGGGUAAUGCUUCCUCAAAGAAAGAUAUUGGCUUAAUAGAGAUUUAGAGAAAAAUAUCAGUCUUUUUUUUUUUUUCUUUUUCCUUUUUUUUCUUUUUCUUUUUUAUGUGUGCUGUAAGAUUAUAUGUCAAUGUUAUCUAUAUGUAUGUGGGAUUGUAUUGCA